AUGGAUGCCUCGAUAGACCUGCUGCUACGAGCUGGCGCGAGAGUCAACGCGGCGGGCAAGGGAGGCAAAACCGCCGCCCACUUCGCUGCGGAGAUGGGCCGCUGCAACGCCCUUCGACGCAUCGCUCUCGAGGGUGCCGAUUUCAACAUCCGCAAUUGGCGCGGUUGCACUCCGCUGCACUACGCGGCUCUGCGAGGCAACGUGGAGAGCGCGGUUGUGUUGGUGGAGGGCAGGGCAGAGGUCGACCUCGAGGACUACAACGGCGCCACACCAAUCAUCAACGCCUGUCGAGCUAAUCAAUAUGCCAUGGUCACCUUCCUCCUUGAACAAAACGCCGAUCCUAACAGACAGACUAAGAGUAAUUUGUGCGAUCAUUCUCAACCAUUGGGUUCAGAGAACGUCAGCCGAAUCGGAGCAUGA